AUGGCAGAAGAGUCGGGAUGGUGGGAGGAUUGUCAUCCAUUAGAAUUUCGAAGACAAUUUAGGAUAAAUCGUUCGACGUUCAAUUUAAUAUGUGACAAGAUACCACCAUAUACAGUAACCAAGAGAAAAGCUACAACCAAAGAUCUUCGCAGAAAUGUUGCGGCCUGCAUUUGGAGAUUAGCAUCAGGACAGCCAAGCAGCGUUAUGAAUGAGAAAUUUGGCUUAACACGUCAACAAUGGCAUGAUAGUUGUAGGAAAUUUGUGAAAAAUAUUAUGAUGGACAAGUAUGUUAAAUGGCCUGAUGCAGUUGAAAUGUAUCGUGAUAUUCAACUUACAAAACGUGGUUCUGGAUCAUAUUCAACUGCUUUACAAGCAGUUGUCAACCACAAGGGAAUCUUCCAGGAUGUUUUUAUCGGUGGACCUGGUUCUUUACCUGAUUAUGCUGUUUAUCAAAGUUCUACUCUCUGCAAGGAAAAGGUUGAGUCUCUAGAAGGUGUUUGGAUUGUUGGGAACCGAAAGAUCCCAUUGGUGGAAAAAGUUUUAGUCCCCUACACGAAUUAUAGCAAUCUGACUCAAACGCAGCGAACAUUUGAUACUCAACUCUAUGAGAUUGAGUCUGUUGCAAGAGAGGUUUGCCUUAUGUUACUUAACGGAGCAGAUCUUCUUAAUUUAGAGGUCAUGAAAAAUGCCGUCUUAGUAUGUUGCAUCCUCCACAAUAUCUGUGAGACCAACGAUGACUGGAUGGACCCAGAAUGGAGAUUGAAUUUGGAAGAUAACUGUUAUAUCCCUAAUCCAGCUGUUGUGUCAGCCUCUGCAAGUCACAAAAGAGACGCGAUCGCUGAAAGUCUUGCACAGAAACUUGCAGUGAACUUGGAGUUUCAUAUGUAA